AUGAAGCUCGAAGAUGUCGAAAAAGGCCACAGCUCACCUACUCUUGGGAGUCCAAGUCAGUUUCACCUCGACAAAAGCUCCUCCAACAGCUCCUCCAACGACUCAGACCUCGCAAAGCCUGACCCCGUGCCACAAUCAAGAUGUCAACGAUGGAUUGCAAGCCUAAAGAAUGUAGAGAGUCGUGGCAUCGAGCCCGUUCCUAUCGAAAAGCGAGAGCCAAUAACACCUUCAACAAUACUUCAUAUGCUGCUCAUGUGGUUUAGCAUGACGUUGGCUACAAAUAACAUCAUUGUUGGGUCAAUGGGUACACUUGUGCUAGGUCUCAGCUUCAAGGAUGCGGCCCUCUGUGCUGUAUUUGGAUGUUUAGCCGGCAAUUGCACUGUUGGCUUUAUAAGUAUAUGGGGACCGAAAAGCGGAAACCGAACUUUGAUCGUGGCCCGAUAUUUUAUGGGCUAUUAUCCCAGCAAAGCUUGCAUUAUCCUGAACCUCUUCACCAAUAUCGGAUAUAGCAUGGUAAACAGUGUCGUCGGUGGCCAGAUUUUGUCUGUGGUCUCUGGUGGUCAUCUUUCCGUGAUAGUGGGGAUUAUCAUUGUCGCCGUUUCUAGCUGGGCCAUGGCCCUGUUUGGCAUGAAAAUCUUCCAAUUAUAUGAACGAGUUGCCUGGUUGCCACAGCUGAUGGUGAUAUGCGUGAUGGUGGGUUCAGCAGGGCCUAAUUUCGACUUCAACAUCGAGACACCAAUGUCGACAGAGCAAUUAAUGGCCAAAAGAAUCACCUUCUUCUCCUUGGCAUUGUCCAUUGCCCUCGCCUGGGCCCCACUCGCCGCCGAUUACUAUGUCUAUCUCCCGCCGCAGAUGAAGAGCUCUCGGACAUUCCUGGUCACAGUCUUCGCCGCCACUAAUGGUAUGUCAAUUGUUCUCCUUAUGGGCAUCGGUCUUGGAACCGUCAUUGCCAGCUCGGCACAUUACGCCGCCAAGUACGGCAGCAGUCCCGGAGGCGUGCUGAUGACAGCAUACGACGGUCUGGGAGGGUUCGGGAAAUUCUGUGCUGUUAUCAAUGUUCUUGCCUUGGUUGCCAACAAUACUCCCGGGGCCUACUCGAUGGGAAUGAACUUCCAGAUGAUUGGUGGGAUAUUUGGAAAGGUUCCCCGACCGGUCUUCACGACUCUCGCUACGGUUAUCUAUGCCGCAUGCGCGAUGGGAGGCCGGGACCGGCUGUACGAGGUCUUCAAGUCUUUCCUGCCUCUGAUCGGAUACUGGGUCAUGAUGUUCGUCGUGAUUUUCAUCGAAGAACACACGAUCUUCCGCCAGAGAAGGGGCUAUGACUGGUCUCAGUGGAAUUGUCGCGAUAAACUGCCUUUGGGGAUCGCAGCGGGAGUUGCUUUCCUUAUUGGCUGGGCUGGUGCAAUUGUCGGCAUGUCUCAAGCGUAUUAUAUCGGCCCUAUUGCGCAGAUGGCUAGCGGUGCUGAUCUGGGUCUCUGGCUAGGUGCGGGCUUCACUGCGAUGUUCUUCCCACCGUUACGGGCAUUGGAGCUCAAAUUUAUUGGUCGCUAG